UUGCGCAACGGGGUGACAUCCAACCAUUUCUGGAAAGUGAGACGGCUAAAUUGGGGCUUGAUUUUCUGGUUUUCAAAAUAAUUGAAUCGGCAUUAGUGACAAAGCAUGGAGUACAUAGAGACCCAAGAUUCAACACAGUCUAUGAUAUUGUGUUGCCAGUGUGGAACUCCUAUUCAGCCCAACCCUGCUAACACGUGUGUAGCUUGUCUUCGGACCCAAGUUGACAUCACAGAAGGAAUUCCCAAGCAGUCGGCCAUCCACUUCUGCAAAGGGUGUGAGAGGUAUCUACAGCCUCCAGCCCAGUGGGUUCCAUGUGCAUUAGAAUCAAGAGAGCUACUUAGUCUCUGUCUCAAGAAACUCAAAGGACUUGCCAAGGUGAGACUGAUAGACGCAGGCUUCGUGUGGACCGAGCCCCAUUCCAAAAGGUUAAAGGUCAAACUGACCAUACAGAAAGAGGUCCAGAGUGGGGCUAUCCUCCAGCAGGUAUUCAUUGUGGAGUAUGUCGUCCAGGGUCAGAUGUGUAAUGAUUGCCAUCGGGUGGAAGCCAAGGAUUUCUGGAGGGCUGUUGUUCAGGUCCGACAGAAGACGACCCACAAGAAGACGUUUUUCUACCUGGAGCAGUUGAUCCUGAAGCACAAUCUCCAUGUGAACUGUCUGAACGUCAAGCAGCAUGAUGAAGGCAUUGAUUUCUACUACGCCUCCAAGGAUCAGUCCAAUGGAGCCAGGAAGAUGGUGGACUUUCUUCUCUCAGUCGUCCCCUGCAAGUACAAGUUAUCCCAACAGCUGAUCUCACACGACAUCCAUAAUAACACCUACAACUACAAGUACACAUUCUCUGUUGAGAUUGUUCCUAUUUGUAAGGACAAUGUCGUAUGUCUGCCUAAGAAACUGGCUGCCUCUCUGGGAAACAUUGGACAGAUCUGUGUGUGUAACAGAGUGUGUAGCACAGUCCAGUUGAUUGAUCCUAAUACACUGCAAAUUGUGGAGCUGAAUGCAACAACAUUUUGGCGUAGUCCGUUCAGCUCGUUAUGUGAUCCUCAUCAGCUGACAGAGUACAUGGUGCUGCAGGUGGAGAGGAUAGCUGAAGGAGACAUUAAACAUGUCAAAGGAGGAGGAGCUAAGUCAAAGAAGCAUCUGUUGGCCGAUGUCUGGUUGAUGCGGACGCAGGACAUGGGUGUGGUCGACACACAGUAUCACUGCCGGACUCACCUAGGGCACCUUCUCUCUGCAGGAGACACUGUCAAAGGUCUUGAUCUGGUCAAUUCAAAUGUCAACAACAAACAUCUGGAACAGAUGAAAGCAGAGAAUGUUCCGGACGUCGUGUUGGUCAAGAAGCACUUUGGUGACCGAAGUCGCAGACAUCGCAAGCGCAACUGGAAGCUGAAGACGAUGACCAAAGAGAUGGCUCUUCAUGAGAAUGCUGCUGAGAGGGACUACAUGGGCUUCUUGGAAGAUUUGGAGGAAGAUGAUGAUUACAGGAAGAACGUCAAUAUUUAUCUGGAUCGCAGCAAGAACAUUGCAGUGGAGAGCAGCGAUGAUGAGCCUACACCCCAGAUUAGUCUUCAGGAAAUGCUGGAAGACUUUCACAUCGGAGACAAUGAGGGUGCUGCGCAAGGUGGAGACGAAGCAACGGAAAUGGAGUGAUACAUUUGAGACGCAUCAGUAGCAGAAUUUCUUCUCUUGAAUGAAAAUUAUGAAAUCUCUCGUUAAAAACUGUCUCAUUGAAAGUUCGAUAACCGGGUAUUGAUGAAAUUUAAAAAUGCUCAUAAUUUCAACCCACUGUUACAUACUAGGUCUGUGGGACUGUGAGUACUUGAUGAUUGCAGAUUGUCAGCAAAUUUAGGAGAAUACCAAAAUAGCAGAAAGAAAUUUUGUAUAAGGGGAAAAUACACACAAUAGCACCUAAACAACAUUUUCAGGCUCUAAAACAGGUUCCGUGACAUUUUCUCUAGUAACAACAAUUGCUCCGAUGGGAAACCUGCAUAUUAAAGGAGAAUGAAACCUUUGGAACAAGAUAG